AAAAGGCUACCCUCAAUUCUGAGCAAAAAGAAGGUGUAGGUGGACAGGAUAGUCAACAGUGGCCACACAACAGAAAAAAAGGUUUUUGCUUUCUCUGUUCUGAUUCGAAAUGGAUUCACCGAGCAACCCUGAAAUCUCAAUGGAGGUGCCCCCUUACCUAAGAAUCCACAGUGACGGUACAGUUGAGAGACUCGCCGGCACACAAGUAGCCCCUCCAGGCCUCGAUCUCGAAACCAACGUUCUCUCCAAAGACAUCCUCAUCCAACCACAAACCUCCGUCACUGCCAGGCUUUACCGUCCCAACAACACUAAUCACAAUCACACCAAGCUCCCUUUACUCAUCUACUUCCAUGGCGGAGCCUUCUGCAUCUCUUCACCCGCAGAUCCUCUCUACCACAACUCCCUCAACCGCCUAGUCUCUGAAGCCAACGUGGUCGCCCUCUCCGUCAACUACAGGCUGGCGCCGGAGCACCCACUUCCCGCCGCCUACCAUGAUUCUUGGGAUGCCAUCCAAUGGGCUGCUUCUCAUUCUUUCGAAGGCCACGAAACAUGGCUCAAGGAAAACGUUGACUUUGACCGCGUGUUCUUGGCAGGUGAUAGCGCAGGUGCCAACAUCGCACACUUCAUGGCUAUAAAGUUGCAUCAUUCUUCGGGUAGCAGCAACAUGAAAUUCUUCAAGAUCCCCGGCCUCAUCAUGAUCCAUCCUUAUUUCUGGGGGAAGGAACCCAUUGGUGUGGAAGCUACUGAUCCAGAGAGGAAGAAGAUGGUGGAUAAGUGGUGGGAAUUGGUGUGCCCUUCUGAGAAAGGGAACGAUGACCCGUUGAUCAACCCGUUUGUGGAGGAAGCUCCUGGUUUUGAAAGCGUGGUUUGCAACAACGUGCUUGUGAUUGUUGCAGAGAGAGAUAUAUUGAAAGAGAGAGGGAAGCUUUACCAUAAGACUCUGGUCAAUAACAGCGCUUGGAAAGGAAAAGCUGAGUUAUAUGAGGCAGAAGGAGAGGAUCAUGACUUUCACAUCUUCAACCCUGAUUCUGAUAAUGCUAAGAGCUUGCUUAAACGCAUCGCUGCUUUCAUUAAUAAUCAAGAUUGAACUCUCAGCCUUAAUUAGCUUUUACAGUUUUAGCAUUUCUGUUAUUUUAUAUGUAGUUUGUUGUGUAAAGCAAA